CCAGAGAUGGACGACUACAUGGAGACGCUGAAGGACGAGGAGGACGCCUUGUGGGAGAACGUCGAGUGCAACCGGCACAUGCUCAGCCGGUACAUCAACCCGGCCAAGCUCACGCCCUACCUGCGCCAGUGCAAGGUUAUCGAUGAGCAGGACGAGGACGAGGUGCUCAGCGCCCCCAUGCUGCCGUCCAAGAUCAACCGGGCAGGCCGGCUGCUGGACAUUCUCCACACCAAGGGGCAGCGGGGCUAUGUGGUCUUCCUGGAGAGCCUGGAGUUUUACUACCCGGAGCUGUACAAGCUGGUGACUGGGAAGGAGCCCACCCGCAGGUUCUCCACCAUCGUGGUGGAGGAGGGCCACGAGGGCCUCACGCACUUCCUGAUGAACGAGGUUAUCAAGCUGCAGCAGCAGAUGAAGGCCAAGGACCUGCAGCGCUGUGAGCUGCUGGCCAAGUCUCGGCAGCUGGAGGAUGAGAAGAAGCAGCUGACCCUGACGCGAGUGGAGCUGCUGACCUUCCAGGAGCGCUACUACAAGAUGAAGGAGGAGAGAGACGGCUACAACGACGAGCUGGUCAAGGUCAAGGACGACAACUACAACUUGGCCAUGCGCUAUGCCCAACUCAGCGAGGAGAAGAACAUGGCGGUGAUGAGGAGCCGGGACCUCCAGCUCGAGAUCGACCAGCUGAAGCACCGGCUGAACAAGAUGGAGGAAGAGUGUAAGCUGGAGCGGAACCAGUCCCUGAAGCUGAAGAACGACAUCGAGAGCCGGCCCAAGAGGGAGCAGGUGCUGGAGCUGGAGCGGGAGAAUGAGAUGCUCAAAACCAAGAUCCAGGAGCUGCAGUCGGUCAUCCAGGCCGGCAAGCGCAGCCUGCCUGACUCAGACAAGGCCAUCCUGGACAUCCUGGAGCAUGACCGGAAGGAGGCGCUGGAGGACCGGCAGGAGCUGGUCAACAAGAUCUACAACCUGCAGGAGGAGGCCCGCCAGGCCGAGGAGCUGCGUGACAAGUACCUGGAGGGAAAGGAGGACCUGGAGCUGAAGUGCUCGACCCUUGGGAAGGACUGUGAGAUGUACCGGCACCGAAUGAACACAGUCAUGCUGCAGCUGGAAGAGGUGGAGCGGGAGCGAGACCAGGCCUUCCACUCACGGGACGAGGCCCAGACACAGUACUCACAGUGCCUCAUCGAGAAGGACAAGUACCGCAAGCAGAUCCGCGAGCUGGAGGAGAAGAAUGACGAGAUGCGCAUAGAGAUGGUGCGGAGGGAGGCCUGCAUCGUCAACCUGGAGAGCAAGCUGCGGCGCCUCGCCAGGGACAGUGGCAGCCUUGACCAGAGCCUACCCCGGAACCUGCCCGUGACCAUCAUCGCCCAGAGCUUCGGGGACGCCAACCCCAGGACCAAUGGCCAGGAGGCAGAUGAUUCCUCCACGUCCGAGGAGUCACCUGAGGACAGCAAGUACUUCCUGCCCUACCACCCACCCAAGCGCCGGAUGAACCUAAAGGGCAUCCAGCUACAGAGAGCCAAGUCUCCCAUCAGCCUGAAGCGAGCGUCAGACGGUCAAGGCCGAGGUCAGGAGGACGAAGAUCCGGACGCCAGCCCCUGCUCUUCCAGCUCCCUGCCCCCCAGCAGCACCUUCACCAAGAUGCCACCCCACCGGAACCGCAACAGCAUCAUGUCCAUCACUGCCGAGCCCCCUGGGAACGACUCCAUCGUCAGGCGCUACAAAGAAGACGCACCCCAUCGCAGCACAGUUGAAGAAGACAAUGACAGUGGGGGGUUUGAUGUCCUGGACCUUGAUGAUGACGGUCAUGACCGCUACUCCUUCGGACCCCCGUCCAUCCACUCCUCCUCCUCCUCCCACCAAUCUGAGGGCCUGGACGUCUACGACCUGGAGCAGGUCACCCUCAUGUUCCGGAAGUUCUCUCUGGAAAGGCCCUUCCGCCCAUCAGUCACAUCUGGGGGUCACUUGCGGGGCCCAGGGCCAGCAGUGCAGCAGGCCACGCUCAGCGGGGACGGCCUCACUACCCAGCUCACCCUGCUGGGAGGCAACGCACGAGGCAGCUUCGUCCACUCUGUCAAGCCAGGCUCCCUGGCUGAGAAGGCCGGCCUGCGAGAGGGCCACCAACUGCUGCUGCUGGAAGGCUGCAUCAGAGGUGAGCGGCAGAGUGUGCCCCUGGACUCCUGCACCAAGGAGGAGGCCCACUGGACCAUCCAGCGAUGCAGCGGCCCUGUCACCCUGCACUACAAGGUCAACCAGGAAGGGUACCGGAAGCUACUAAAGGACAUGGACGAGGGCCUCAUCACUUCGGGGGACUCGUUCUACAUCCGGCUGAACUUGAACAUCUCCAGCCAGCUCGACGCCUGCUCUAUGUCCCUCAAGUGUGACGACGUCGUGCAUGUCCGAGACACCAUGUACCAGGACCGGCACGAGUGGCUGUGUGCAAGGGUGGACCCCUUCACAGACCAUGACUUGGACAUGGGUACCAUCCCCAGCUACAGCCGCGCCCAGCAACUCCUCCUGGUCAAGCUGCAGCGGCUGAUGCACAAGGGUGGCCGAGAAGAGGUGGAUGGUGCCCACCACACCCUGCGGACCCUACGGAACACCCUGCAGCCCGAGGAGCCCCAAGCCACAAGUGACCCGCGCGUCAGCCCCCGGCUCUCACGAGCGAGCUUCCUCUUUGGCCAGCUCCUCCAGUUUGUCAGCAGGUCUGAGAACAAAUACAAGCGCAUGAACAGCAAUGAGCGGGUUCGCAUCAUCUCAGGGGGCCAGCUGGGGAGCCUGGGCCGGGCAUCACUGGACAUCACCAAGCUGCUGAGCGAAAAACAGGAAGACCCAGAGCCCGAGAGCGAGCUGAGCAGAAAUCUCAGCCUUGUGCCCUACAGCCUAGUGCGUGCCUUCACCUGCACACGACGCCGGCCGGUGCUUUUCUCACCCUCCAUGCUGGCCAAGACGCUAGUGCAGAAGCUGCUUAACUCAGGGGGCGCCAUGGAGUUUACCAUGUGCAAGCCAGACGUCGUCACAAGAGACGAGUUCCUCAGGAAGCAGAAGACCGAGACCAUCAUCUACUCCCGAGAGAAGAACCCCAACACCUUCGAGUGCAUCGUACCCACCAACAUCGAGGCCGUGGCCGCAAAGAACAAGCAUUGUUUGCUGGAAGCUGGGAUUGGCUGCACAAGAGACCUCAUCAAGUCCAACAUCUACCCCAUCGUGCUCUUUAUCCGUGUAUCUGAAAAGAAUAUCAAGCGCUUCAGGAAGCUGCUUCCCCGGCUGGAGACGGAGGAGGAUUUCCUGCGUCUGUGCCGGCUGAAGGAGCGGGAGCUGGAGGCGCUGCCCUGUCUGUACGCCACUGUGGAGGCUGACAUGUGGGGCGGGGUGGAGGAGCUCCUCCGGGUCAUCAAGGACAAGAUCAGCGAGGAGCAGCGCAAGACCGUGUGGGUGGAUGAGGACCAGCUGUGA